CGGGAUGUGACGAUGUGACGCGACGAGGCCUGGAUUUCAAGAAGGAAAUUUGAUCUUGGAGGAAUCAGAGAUUGACGGGCCUUCGUGUUUCAAGACUGUCCGCGAUCGGAUGAAAUAUCUCCGACCUGCGCUGCGCAAUCUGAGAAAGUCGUGCUCAUGGCUCGAGGGAAGCUUCAACUCUCAGAUGAAUUUUGAAGCCGGAGGAUGAAAAUCUGGAUGAUGCAGUUUAAGACUUAAAGUAUUUUUUCGCAGGUUUUCGCCCGAGCGAGGGAUGCAGGUUCUCGCCUAAUCCUUCGAUGCCACUGAGAUGCACUGGAAUCGCAAGUUUUCGACGGAAGAAUCGAAGGCGCGGGCAGCGCGGAUCCAUGGCCACAUCAGACACACGAUCGACGAGCGACGAUCCCGGGCUGCCGCUGCUAUAAAGCGCGACGAAGCGAGUGCUUUGGAAGAACGGAUAGGGACUCAUGACCAGAUUUUGGAUCGGGCUACGGCCAGCCUAGAACGAUGAGUCACAUUCGAGGCCGACGAAAUUAUAAUGGUGGACUCGAGAUUAUGUUGAAACUACAAGAUUCUUUAUGCUGGCAACAGGCUUUGAGGUAAUUCUGUCAACUGAAUUCGAAGCCCAAUUUUGAUCAAUCCGGUGGGACACUCAAGCAACCAGAAGCCUUUACAGAGAGAAGGAUGAGAGUAUACGUACUGGCAGUGCUGCUGUUGAUCCAGCACCUGCUGGCUCAAAACAUGAGUGGAGCUUCCUCAGGAUCAUCGUAUGCUUGUACGAACAGCGAAUCCAAGUCGUGGGCAUUUUGCGAUAAAGCUCUUUCCAUCGAAAAGCGCGUCGCAGAUUUAAUCUCCCGACUCAGCUUGCAAGAGAAGAUUUCUCAAUUGGGGAAUGGAGCUGACGAUAUAUCCAGUAUCGACGUUCCUGCUUACCAGUGGUGGGGUGAAGCGUUGCAUGGUGUAGCAUCCAGUCCUUCCGUGCACUGGGAUGGUCCUGUGAAAGGAGCUACAAGCUUUCCAAUGCCCAUCUCAUUGGCAGCAUCGUUCAACAAAUCGUUAUGGAAUAAAAUUGGUCAGGUGAUAUCAACUGAAGGCCGAGCGAUGCACAACUUAAAGCAAUCAGGGCUGACUUUCUGGUCUCCGGUAAUCAAUCUGGUCCGAGACCCCCGAUGGGGAAGAGUGCAAGAAACUCCUGGAGAGGACCCAUACCUCAUUGGACAAUAUUCAGUUUAUUUUGUGAGAGGGAUGCAAGAGGCGAAAGAUUACGACCCUUCAAACCAAGACGACGAUGGAAAUGAAUAUUUUGCUCUGAAAACGUCUGCUUGCUGCAAGCACUACACAGCAUAUGAUCUGGACAACUGGCACGGCAUCGAGCGCUACUACUUCAAUGCUGAGGUGACUAAACAAGACUUGGCCGAUACGUACAAUCCACCGUUCCAAAGUUGUGUUCAAGAAGGAAGAGCUAGUUGUUUGAUGUGCUCUUACAAUAAGGUCAAUGGAGUCCCCACAUGCGGAGACCCAGAUCUUCUCAAAGGGAUUGUAAGGAAGGCAUGGGGCCUUCGAGGCUACAUUGUUACUGAUUGUGACUCGUUGCUCGUCAUGUACGACCAGUCACGUUAUUCUAGAAGUCCUGCAGAGGCAAUCGCAACUGCCAUGCUAGCAGGGCUUGAUUUAAAUUGCGGAUCUACAAUAAAAAACCAUGGAGCCACUGCUGUUAAUCAAAGCCUGAUAUCUGAAGACGAUAUCGAUCGAGCUCUGAGCAAUACACUCACCGUUCUAAUGAGACUGGGAAUAUUCGACGGAAGCCCCCUAGAUCAACCUUAUGGAAGUCUGGGAGAAGAUGACAUUUGCAGUGACGAACAUCAGGAUUUGGCUAGAGAGGCAGCUGUUCAAGGCAUCGUGCUUCUAAAAAAUGAGGAGGACAGCUUACCGCUUUCUCCCAGUCAAAUCAAAACCUUGGCGAUCAUAGGGCCAAAUGCAGAUGAUAAGAAAUACACAAUGCUCGGUAACUAUGCAGGUCGACCAUGCAAGUAUGUCACCCCACUUCAAGGCAUAUCGACUUAUCACAUCGACACUGUUGUGUUCGAAACUGGAUGCUCCAGUAUUGAUUGCAGUUCAGAUGAGAAGAUCGAAGAUGCUGUGUCUGCUGCAAAGAAGGCAGACGCCGUGAUUCUUGUGAUGGGACUCGACCAGGACCUAGAAAGAGAAACAUUUGACCGAAACAGCUUAAAAUUGCCCGGGAAACAAGAGCUGCUCGUAUCAUCCGUUGCUAAUGUAUCAAGUGGUCCAGUUGUGUUAGUACUAAUGAGUGGAGGACCAUUGGACAUAUCCUGGGCAAAAACCGAUUCUAAAAUACAGAGCAUCCUGUGGAUGGGAUACUCUGGCCAGGCCGGAGGUCUAGCUUUAGCUCAGAUCAUCUUUGGUGACAGAGAUCCAGUUGGGAGGCUGCCAGUGACAUGGUACCCGGAAACUAUUACGGAUUGGCCAAUGACAAAUAUGAACAUGCGACCGGACCCUGACAGUGGCUAUCCUGGACGAACACACCGUUUCUACAAUGGACCUACUGUCUACGAGUUUGGGUAUGGCAUGAGCUACUCGAAGUCCACGACUACAGAAGUCACUGCACCCACUAACUUCAAAGCACCUGAUUUGUUCCAACAGGCCUGCUAUCACAAGCGCUUGACAACAGAACAAAUCGACUCCAUUGGGUGCUUGCAGUCAGAUCUCGAUGCUUGUAUGGAAGCUAGCCUUCCGAUGUCCAUCACUGUUAAGAAUGGAGGACCUACAGCUGUUACAGAGGUAGUUCUUGUGUACCAUGUUCCUCCUAGAGCGGGUGAAGGUGGCACUCAAUUGAAAGAACUGAUUGCCUUCGAGCGAACCGAAGUGCAGUCCUUCUCGUCGAAGAUCAUUGACCUGACCAUAAACCUUUGCUACCAUACAAGCACGGUCAAACAAGACGGGACUCGUGCUCUUCAAUUGGGUAUUCAUAAGUUUGUCGUAAGUUCAGGAUCCGGAACACCUGCAGAACAUAGCUUUUCCGUACAGUGAGUGAGUCUUAGGUACAGAGUCAUUGCUUAGAAUUGUAGUGAAUGAGGAUAAAAUACGUGUAAUUUUUGGUAUACAAAUUCCAAUCUACUCCAUCCCUUCAAAACAAAGUUACUUUGUAAAGACUGGGCACGACUUUCUACUUGUUCGAAGACCUAAACGAUAUUAAGAGUUAGGCCAUAUUGGGCUGCGGUUCUUCUUGGACGGCAGCUACAGACGUUUAUCAUAGAGUUAAAGACCUACAGUUGGAAUUAUGG